AUUCGAAGAAUUUUAGCCGACUAACGCAGUAUGGUAACUGAGAUCUUCUAGAUUGAGAUCAAGACACAUGGCCUACUUACAAGUUAUUACAAUGAUACAUAUAGGUCAUGUUGACAAUAAUACAUUAUACCUCCAUCCACAACAUAGUAACUGAGCCUAAUUAUUAUAGAGGUAGGUAGCUUUAUAUUCAAAUUGAUUUGUAUCGCUACAGAAUGGAUACCAGCAUAUGCCCGACUUUAGGAGGGAUGUUGUGUCGGAGUGUAGUAAGAAGGAUUACUCAAAUAGGAAAUUCUCGCUUAACGAAUUGGAAAGACUAAAAGUGGAGUAAAACUUAACCAAUUAGAAAAAUGAAAGAAAAUGGAAAGAUACAUUGGUACUUACCUAAUGUACUGACUACCUAUGACAUCCUCCUAAAGUCGGGCUCUUGCGGUCCCCUACACGGGGGGCCCUCGGUUUGUAAAUUGGAAUAAUACCUGAAAACUGACUACCAUAUUGGUCUAAUGCAAUUAACCGAUACGUGUAGCACAAAUUGGAUCCACUAAAAUUUUCUUAUCUUUGAUCUAGAGCCGAAUCGAAGUUCAAUCCAACACUCAUAAAAGGUCGCCAUUGCAAAAUCACAACAUGUAUCCUUGAGACAACUUUCGAAAAGGGCACACAGAAAUUAAGCCCGUAAAACUCCCUUUCGACUAACCCACAGCCAAUCCAACCACCCUUAUAAUGAACGCCCACGCCCUUUUAACCGCCCAAGGGUGGCGGGGCAAAGGGCACACAUUACACCCGACGAGCGACAGCACCGGAUUGGCGCACCACCUGUUAAUAAAGCGAAACGAUGACGGUAGCGGCCUCGGUAGCAAGAAAGGCGAUCACAAGGCCGAAGCCUGGUGGUUGAACGCCUUCGACCAGGCUCUGAAGGGUAUCGACACUAAGAGCGGUACUAUGAAACAGACUCUGAAAGGUGGCGCGCUCGAGAAAAUCACUGCCCGCGGCGCAGCUGGAAAAUACACAGGUACCAGAGGCCUAUACUCUUCUUUUGUACGCGGCGGUGUUAUGGAAGGGACCGUGGGCUUGAAUAUGGUGACGGCGCUCCCGACGCCCCCAGAUAGCGGCGCCGGCACGCCGGAGGCUUGUGCUAGCGUCGACGGAAAAGAGACGAAGGCGGAGAGGAGGGCGAGAAGAGAAGCCAAGAAGUUGCGGAAAGCAGAGAAGCAAGCGAAGAAAGAGGCAGAGGAACGGGCCGCUAGAAAGGUCGAAAAGAAAAAGGCGAAGAAGGCGGAGCGAGAACGGAUAAAGGCCGGAGAGACUAAGGAGGAGCGUCGCGCGAGGAGAGAGGCGAGGAGGAAGCGGAAAGAGGAGAAGAGGAGACUCAAAGCGGCGUCUGGUGGAUGACUUCAAGAGGAUAAGGGAGAGGCGUUAUUCAAUCUUAGAAUUUCUUAAACCGAGUGCCGCUACUCAGAUCCUGAAUGCGGGGGAUGCUAGAGAGCUAGGAGAUACUAGCCUUGAGGCUCACUCGUGCAUCUGUGCCGAGAGGCUGGUGAAUCAGCUCAUUUCUUGGGACAAGACUUGUUAUCAGGGAUAGGCACUCUGCUUACCGUUAUGGCUCAUGCUCAUCUUGAGCAGGCUGCCUGCACUCUCUCUGUU